UUUUGUGACCGACUUCAUCUCUCCAAAACAAUGGAAGAGGUACCGGAACGACCAAUACAAUCCAUACACGGCACAGGAACGCUACAGAAAAUAUGAGGAUAAAAUACCAACCAACUCCUUAAAAUUAGUUAUACCAACGCCAAAAGACAUUCAAAUACAUUCAAAUAAUUCUUUGAAGAUUCACAACAUGACAGUUGUAUGUACACCAGAUUUAAAAGAAGAAGCAGUAUACUUAUCAAAAAGACUUGGUUUUUCGUUGAUAGUUAACAAUAAUACACAGACAAACACACAGAACCAAAUAUCUCUCUCCAUUGACCCUCUCCUCGGAAAUAACAGUGAGGCUUACAAAUUACUCGUUAAAUUAAAAGACAGAAGAAUUAAUAUAAUUGGUCAGACGACCAAAGGUGCAUUUUAAGGUGCACAGUCGCUGAUAAGUCUAAUGGAUGGUUCUUCUGACAAAAUGAGUGUUCCAGAAGUUUCUAUACUAGACGAGCCUCGAUAUGAGUUCCGAGGAAUGCAUAUAGAUAUAGCUAGAAACUUUCGAUCAAAAGCAGACAUUAUUCGAUUGAUGGAUGGAAUGGCUAUGUAUAAAUUAAACAAACUCCAUCUACAUCUCUCUGACGAUGAAGGAUGGCGGGUAGAAAUCCCUGAUCUACCUGAGCUAACACAAGUAGCAGGAAAACGAUGCCAUGAUCUUACUGAAACGAAGUGUAUAAUUUCCCAGCUUGGAUCGGGGGGAGACGAAUUGACCUCCGGUUCUGGCUUCCUAAAUGUUUCCGAAUAUACUGAAAUUGUCCUCGAAGCUAAAAAACGCCAUAUUGAAAUAAUUCCGGAAAUUGACAUGCCUGGUCAUUCUCGAGCUGCAAUAAGAGCCAUGGAAGCAAGGUUUUUAAGAUACAAGACAACUAAUUUAACUAGAGCAAACCAGUAUAGAUUGGUAGAUCCUAAUGAUACAAGUAAUUAUUUUUCUGUUCAAAUGUACAAUGACAACGCUGUUAACCCAUGCGUGGAAUCCACGUAUAUAUUCUUUGAGAAAGUACUGAAAGAAAUGUUGAAAAUCCACCCGGGAUUAAAAACCUUUCACUUUGGUGGAGACGAAGUGGCAAAGGGUGCGUGGGUAAAUUCAACAAAAUGCCAAAAAAUGGCGGAGCGUGAUUCUUCCUAUUCAGACGCCGGACUCUUAAAAGAAUAUUUUGUACAUCGCGUAUCUAAUAUCACUAAUCGGCUAGGACUUAACAUUGCGGGGUGGGAAGAUGGAUUUUUGGGACAUAAUGGGAUUCCAUACAACAGGAGUUAUAUACCAAAUUCUAAAGUAUACGCAAAUGCUUGGCAAAAUGUUUGGGAAUGGGGUGCAGCAAAAAGAGCCUAUAACCUUGCAAAUAGUGGUUAUACGGUAAUCAUGGCACAAGCGACUCAUUUAUACUUCGACCAACCCAAUGAACCGGAUCCGGAAGAGCCCGGCUUAUAUUGGGCCACACGAUACACGGACGUUGCUAAAACCUUCCGGUUCCGCCCGGACAGACUAUACAAAAACAUUGAUAUAAAACGUUCUGGAGAGAAGAUAACAUACGAACAGGUUUGUGGGAAGAAAGACAUCAACUGUCCACCGCUGAUAAAUAGGAAAAAUAUAAUCGGUAUACAAGGCAAUCUCUGGAGCGAAACAUUGCUGACGUCUGAAAUCUUUGACUAUAUGGUGUUUCCAAGAAUACUGUCUCUUGCUGAAACAGCGUGGCACAAAGCUAGUUGGGAAGAAUUAGAUUUAAAUAUCCCAGAUGGUGAAUCAGCCUCUUUAUUUGACUGGGGUGUUUUUGCAAACACAAUUGGUCAAAAAGAAUUUGAUCGCUUACAUAGAUUAGGAAUAAACUACAGAAUUUCUCCGCCAGGUGCAAUAAUAAAGAACGGUACACUUCAUGUGAAGACGGAGUUUCCUGGUCAUAUUGUACAAUACAGCACAGAUAAUGGUAUCAUAUGGCAAGAUGUUCCAAGUGGACUUCGACCAAUAAAUACCUCUAUACAACUUAGAACAAGUUCUCGAGAUGGAAAGCGAUUCAGCAGAACAAUAACUUUUUAUCCAGAUGAACCACUGGCAGCUGCAGAACAACACUUGGUCGAUUACAUUGCUAACAAUGUAGUGGUUCGACUGGAAGUGAUAAGUAACGUUAAUAAAACUGGAAAACACUCAAUGUCUAUUAGUUUGAAUAACACUGGAAUUAAAAAAAUCGGUUCAGGAAAUUGGGAAAUUAGUUUCUUCACGUCACACCUUCUCCAACCAGAUGAAUAUCCAUACCCCCAUGGAUACACAUUAAGGGACUGCCAUUUAAGUUUAUUCCAUGUGGGAGGAUCUUUGUUUAAAUUAAAACCAGACAGAAAUUUCAAACUUUCAGAAUUUAGAUCUGUGACAUGCAUUCUACUUGCUAAAGGCUAUCAAGUUGCAAAAACAGAUUCAAUGCCAAACUGGUAUGUUGCUGCCGAAGGUAUGCAGGCAAAAGACAUCGUGUCAAGUACAAGCGAAUCUUUGAAUUUUGUUGAUCCUUUUGUUAGACCUGAGCAAUACCACCGCUUUUCGGGUGAUUCCUACUCACCUUACAGUCCACAGAAGCGAUAUAACAUUAAUGACGUCAUGACUGUUUCUGGAAUGGAAGCUAAACAAAUCAUACCAACUCCAGUUCAUUUUGGAAUAAAACAGAAUAGCACUGUUAUUAUUAUAGUACUUGAUAGUACAUGGGUUUUAUAUCAUACGACUUUUUUUAUUUAUGAAAAUUCAGAAUAAACUCUAGCAAAAAUGUUUAAUAUAUUAGUGAAAUCUAACAGACCCCACCAUAAGUAUAUAACCCUUAAGACAGCAACACAUUUGAACAUUUUACACAAUCCACACACCCGUGAUGAAGCAUAUGAAAUAGAUGUAUCAACUUCUAUAAUCAGGAUUUUAGCACACACCAGUAAGGGCGUAUUUUAUGCUUUUAAAACCUUAUAAAGCUUAAUUCAAAACAGAAAUGGCGUCAAAAAACUUCCGGUGGUGACAAUCAAAGAUCAACCUCGAUUUCAGUACCGCGGAAUGCACUUGGAUAUAAGUCGAAAUUUCCAACCGAAGGGGGAGAUAUUCAAGCUUUUAGAAACCAUGGCCACAUACAAACUAAAUAAGUUCCAUAUACAUCUAACAGACGACGAAGCUUGGAGACUUCAGAUUCCAGGAAUACCAGAACUGACAGAGAUUGGUUCUGUUAGGUGUCAUGAUUCUGGGGAAAAUGACUGUUUACUUCCACAACUAGGAUCAGGUUCCUCCAAAAAUGGCUACGGUUCCGGAUUUUAUACAGUAAAUGAUUACAGGGAAAUCUUAGAUUUUGGAAGUGAACGUCAUAUUGAAGUGAUUCCCGAAAUAACACUGCCAAUUCACUGUCGCGCAGCAAAGAAAUCAAUGGAGGCACGAUUCCGGAAGUACACAAAAUAUGGAAAUAUUUCGACUGCCAGACAAUUCCUCUUGACAGAUUUUGGGGACACUACUAAGUACCUGACCAUGCAAAUGUUUGCAGACAAUGCCAUAAAUAUUUGUAUGAAUUCAACAGUUGAAUUCAUACGAUAUGUCAUUAAAGCAGUGAAAGAAAUGCAUUUAGGGGUACAGCCUCUGCAGAUGUUCCAUAUAGGAGGAGACGGUAUGGCAAAUGUGUGGAAAGAUUCUCCAGAAUGUCAAGCUCUGCUCGCUAGAAAUGGUUUAAGUGACGUCAGAAAAUACUUUGUUAAACAACUUGUGCAAAUUCUGGAUCAAGAGGGAUUAACAACUGGUGCUUGGGAAGAAAUGUAUACGGAUGACGAUGGUCGUAUGAAUCUAACAAAUUUGCCAACCAAUAGAAGUGUAAUGGCUUACAACUGGAAUAACAUUUGGGAAUGGGGACAGGGAGAGAGUGCUUAUAAGUUGGCGAAUGCUGGGUAUAAGGUUGUACUUGGGCAUGCGACACAUCUUUAUCUUGACCAUACCCAAGAACCCGACCCAGAAGAACGGGGGGCAUCGUGGGCAUCAAGAUUUAUAGACACUCGGAAAGUCUUUGGGUUUGUGCCUUCAAAUAUCUUUUAUAAUGCGGAUAAAGAUGGAAAUGGACAUCUUCUCAAACGUAACCAAAUAUGUCCAAACAAUGGAACGUGUACUGAGUUAAAAGAUCCAAACAAUAUUAUCGGUAUGCAAGCACAGGUAUGGACGGAAACAAUGAGAACUGCAGAGGAACUACAUGAAAUGAUAUUCCCUCGUCUUAUUGCUGUAGCAGAGCGGGCGUGGAAUCAGCCACAAUGGGAAGGGAUCCAAAACAAGGAGGAACGGAUCAAGAAAAUAGAUCAGGAAUGGAUAUCAUUUUCUAUGGCCAUAGCUGAGAAAGAAUUACUGAGAUUAGAUAAAAUUGGAAUAAAAUAUAGAAUACCUGUACCCGGAGCAAGAAUUUUGAAUGAUGCCAUCCUAGUAAACACUGCACUGCCAGAAAUGGCUGUGGAAUUCAGCGUAGACAAUAAACAAACCUGGUCAUUGGUUACGUCUAAUUUGAUAAUUGUGGGAAAAGAAACGAUAUAUUUCAGAACAAGAUCCGCCGAUGGUGCUCGGUACAGCAGGGUGGUCACAAUGAACUAUCAAAAUCCUAUGAAGAAAUAUUUAUACAAAGCGUCGUUUGAUUCAAUCUAUAAUGUGUUACCAUGAAAUUCUGAACCGUCAUGAGUAGUUUAAAAUUAUACUUAACAAUAUAUCUUUUAUCGACAAACAAAUUACAAUGACUCUAAAAUAUAAAGUAUUACUUCAAAAAUAUAUAUCUUGAUAGUUCAUUUUCCGAAAUUCUACUCACAAUUUCGUCUGCCGAAAUUUACUGAAUAUUUUUUUAAUGGAUUUAUGAGACUAUAUUUUUCUUCUUCUUGCAUAC